AUGAUCAAUCACCAUCAGCAGCAGCAGCAGCAGAACAACCAACAACACCGACAGCAGCAGGCACUUCAUCAUCAUCAGCAGCAGCAACAGCAGGCAUUUCAUCAUCAGCAGGCACUUCGAAACGGCAGCGGCGGCUCCACUUCGCCAAAUAACAGCAACUUCUUUUCUGCAAAUUCAAAUUCAACACCUUCACCACUGCAGCAGCAGCAGCAGCAGCACUCCCACCACGCCCUCCUUGGCAACGGCCAACAGCCCACCGCCCUUGACCUGCUUGACUUUGCCGACCUUGAGGGCUGCUGGAAGAUUGGCCUCAGUAAUGGCAGCAAUGGAAACAAUGGCAAUGGCAGCAAUAACGGCAACAACAACCUAAUCAAUUCGAGUGUUUACCAGCAGCAGCAGCAGCACUCUCAGCAGCUGGAUCAGCCUGCAUCGAGCAUUUGGGCAUCGAGCAACAGCAGCAGCAGCAACAGUGGACUGAUGAAUGGAACAGGAAAAAAGAUGGAUUUGAAUGGCUUCGGAAACGGUGGCUGUGGUGGUGGAAACCUCGGAAACGCUUUUGAGAACCUCCUCCUUUUUGGAGAUCCUUUCGGAGAGCAGAACGGCAAGUCCAAUGGACAUCAGCAGCAGCAGCAGCAGCAGCAAAACCAGCUAGGCCUGCUGGACAACGCCCAGCUGGCGCUCCUUUCCGAGCGUCUCUGGGACGAAAUUUUCAGCAUCAGUCCGGAGGAGAAUGGAGCGACGGCCAUGGCUACCACGACCAACAACUCAGCAUCUGUUAAUGCCUGCUUGGGCAGCAUUCUCGGCGAACUGGGCGAAAUCGGAGGAGGAGGAGGAAGUGGUGGAAAAACGCCCACUUCCGCUACCACCACCACCACCAACGGAGGAGGAGCCGAAUCGGAGGUAAUGCCGAUCUUCUGCUCCUCAGCUUCCUCCUCCUUUUCGCUCUCCUCGAUGUCCUCACCCUCGCUCUCCACCACCAGCAACAGCUCCACCGAGUCUCACUCGCCGCCUCAACUGCAACAGCUGGUCAAUGAGUUUGACAGUCUCAGCUUGAACUCCAACAACUCCAGCGCCUCCUCCACCAAUGUCGGCUUAUCAGUGUCAUGCGUCAAUUGA